CUUUGGUCACGCGGUCAAUGACAUCAGGAGAAGCGUUACGGAGGCAGAUGUGUCCAACACAUGUAACUACAGGGCUUCAUUUCAUCGUCAUCUGUAAGUGGACCCAAGUGGAACCGGGACUGUCAUCUGCCGAGUACUGUACAACCAAAACCUUUGGAUAAACCCGGUCUGGGAUCAGGGUCCUUCUACUGAAGCUAACAACAGCUAGCUUAGCUAGCAUAGCUGUGAACUUUUACCAUCGCUGCUCAGUGAGUGACGUUCAACUUUAUCCAACUCGACCAAGCUAACCAGGCAGGUGAACCUAUAGCUAAAUACAAGGACGGACUCUGGAGUCUACAAGGGUGAUAUUUUAGUUGUGCUAACUGUCAGAGAGUGCCAGGCAGCAGUGCUGGCUGAGUAGUCAGACCGACUUCCUUCCUUGUGUCGUUCGAGGUCAUUCUGUAGCCUCCAUCUGAGGUAGCCAGCUGUUGUUAAGAGAGCUAGUCAUGAAGAGCCUUCCGUAUUUCUGCCGGGGAGAGGUCAUCCGAGGCUUCGGGAGAGGAAGCAAAGAACUGGGAAUACCUACAGCCAACUUUCCUGACUCAGUGGUGGACAAUCUUCCAGCAGACAUCAGCACAGGGAUCUACUAUGGCUGGGCCUGUGUCGGUAAUGGCGAUGUCUACAAGAUGGUGAUGAGCAUUGGCUGGAACCCUUACUACAAAAAUACCAAGAAGUCCAUGGAGACUCAUGUGAUUCACACAUUCAAAGAGGACUUUUAUGGGGAGGUUCUCAGUGUUGUCAUGGUGGGCUACAUCCGUCCAGAGAGAAGCUACAACUCACUUGAAGCGCUCAUCGCAGCCAUAAACAACGACAUUGAGGAGGCCAAGGUCAAGCUGGAGCUCCCAGAGCAUCUCAAACUGAAAGACGACAACUUCUUCACCAGCGCUCCCAGCUCGUUGUCAGCACUGCCCCCCACCACUGCAUCCACAUCACAGACUAUUAUGAAUGGUCACUGACAGCUGGCUGUGACUGUUGCACUUUGUGCACAAACACGCACACACACACCAGAAAAACACAAAGGUUUCCAUAUACACACGGGUGUAUGCACUCAUUAAAAUGCACAGCCUCAUACUGAGAUCUCCUAGCUGUCGUCAUGGUUACAGAUGGACGCCAUCGUAAACAUCUUUUCUAUUGUACUUCUCUUUUACUUCCUCAGUGUGUCUGUAUUUGAAGAACUGUUUAACUUCCUGUAUGAGUUUGUUGCAGAUAGCCAGUCAUGUCAUAGAUGUUUAUUUGUAUAUAUCCAAACCAUAUUGCCUCAUUUUACAUCAUAACUGUGUGUGAAUCUCUUUGGUCCCACUGUGCAUUUGGAAUCUUUUAUGUGAGAAGGAACUUAAAAAUACAGAUUUUAGGAUGAAGGUGGCCACUAAAUACAAGCAAUUCUGUAAUAAUCUGUAUAUAAUCGAAGACACAAAUGAACCGCAAACUCAACUCCGUGAACACUACCUAGCCAAUGUUGAAAAACAGGAUACCUAUCAUGUACUGUUCUGUUGAUGUUUGUUUCUGUGUGUUAGAGACAGAAGUCUGGGCAUUAUUAUCUCUAACGAAAACACUGGCCGCACUGUUGGAUGGCUUGAUGCAACAAAUUGUCUAAACGCAAGGCAUCUGUGGGAGGAUGGGGAGAUUAAAUUAUGAAAUGAUAUAAAUUUAAUGGUAUCAAAGUAUCUUUGCUUUCUCUUAUUUUCCUCUUGAGAAAACAUCUUUCCAGUGUGACACAAGCCCUCUACUGUUUAUCACUGCCCUGAAAAAUUAUCCCAUUACAUCUGACUAAAGAUUGGAUUUAGGGUUUUUGAUGCAUUAUGCAGAAUAAAAUCUCACAGGGAUUAUUUGAUAACCAUCAGAAUGGUCGUGUAUUUGAUAAAAUGUGCAGAAAAACAUGUAAGGAGCGGAUUUUAAAAUGUCAGCCUAUGUGCUCUCUGGAUUUGAUUGGUACUCUUUUGACACCAAAUGUAUUUCCAUUAUCAGUCUGUUGGCCGAUAAAGCAAGCACGUUCUUAUGCACGUUGUUUUCACUGCAGCUUGCCUGAUGUUCAGAUUUACAGCACACUAGUCUGUGUGGGUUUGUCACAGAUAGUAAAACAUUGAUAGGUGAUAUGAGAUGAAGUGUAAGGUCCACAGAUCCUGUUUGCUGCUCUGAUAUUUACAAAGGGCAAGUCUUUAAAGUGUAUAGAGUCAAAUUUAUACCAUAAAUACGGUAAAGGAUGAUCAUGCUGAAAAUCCUAAUACACACAAUAUUCUUGAUCUCAUCUAAAUAUAUUAGUUUCUUUUUGUUUUGUUUCAUGAGGUCUUUGAAAAUUUUAGCGAAUGUAUUCAAAAACUGUUAGCUCUUUACUUUUUUAGGUCUGUGUGUGUGUGUGUGUGCCUGCACCUGUUUAGCUUUUACAACGAAAAUGACUUGCAACUAAAACUGUGUAAAGCUCUUUCACCCUAUAUAAAUAAUUUAAAUGAAUGAGACAUAUGAGUAUAGCUAUGUGAUUUUGGGGUUUUUAAGUUUGUGUUGUGUUUUAGUUUAUUAAAGUGUUACUUAGGGAGUAAAAGAUACGACUGCAAUUUAAUGAAUGUUGACAUUUCUCAUGCAACAGUAGCUUUGUUCAUCUUAAGAAGAGCUUUGCUGUUUUUCCAGGUACCUGUUUAUUCUCAGUCCGGUAGUUUUUGUGUUUUUCCUUUAAACCUUUUUUUUAUUAUUAUUAUUAUUUUUUUUUUUUUACUGGGAGAGAAAUGACUGAAAGAAUCAAUACAGGAAGCAGUACUUCACUGUAAUCAUGUCAACAUAUUCACUGUUGUGUUAAGAUUUUAUUUCAUGUCGAAUGCUACAUUAUUGGUUCGUCCUCUAAAGCACUUAAUGUACAGAAGGAAUCUCACUGUAACCUUGAAUUGUGAUGUGCUGCUUCUUUAGACCUGUCAAAGAUUUUAAAGGUCCAGUGUGAAGGAGUUAGGGGCACAGAGUCCACCAUGUUGUUCUACAGUAGCCCAGAAUGGACAAACCAAACACUGGCUCUAGGUAGAGCCGUUUUAUUGGCAUGCUUUCACGUCAGCCACAACAGCUCUCCUACACACAUUGGAGAAGUGUCCGUUCUGCAACCUCACCACUAGAUGCCAUUAAAUCCUACACACUGGACCUUUAAGAGGAAUGUUUUCAUAACCCUGACACAUUUGACCCCUCCUGCAGAAAGGUCAAAUGUUUUCCAGGCUCGUUUGUUACAUUUAUUUAUCCUAGUUUACACAGGGACCAGGGUUACUGCAUGUGGAUUUAACAGUUCAGCACCUCUUUUACGUUUUCAUUCUUGCGUUAUGCGUAAUUUAAUCAAAUAAAGAGUUUUAUCAAA